AUGGCGGCGGCGGCUGCACCGGGUGGCCGAAGUGGCGGCGGCGGCGGCAACAGUGGGGCUGGCGGUGGCCCCGGCUGCGGGACCAGCAGUAGCCGCAGUGGCUUGUUGGAUAAGUGGAAGAUCGAUGAUAAGCCUGUAAAAAUUGACAAAUGGGAUGGAUCGGCUGUGAAAAAUUCUUUGGAUGAUUCUGCCAAAAAGGUACUUCUGGAAAAGUACAAGUAUGUGGAGAAUUUUGGUCUUAUUGAUGGUCGCCUCACUAUUUGCACCAUCUCCUGCCUUUUUGCCAUAGUGGCUUUGAUUUGGGAUUAUAUGCACCCCUUUCCAGAGUCAAAGCCUGUCUUGGCUUUGUGUGUCAUAUCCUAUUUUGUGAUGAUGGGGAUCCUGACCAUUUAUACCUCGUAUAAGGAGAAGAGCAUCUUUCUGGUGGCCCACAGGAAAGACCCUACAGGGAUGGAUCCUGAUGAUAUUUGGCAACUGUCCUCCAGCCUCAAAAGGUUUGAUGACAAGUACACCUUGAAGCUGACCUUCAUCAGUGGGAGAACCAAGCAGCAGCGGGAAGCUGAGUUCACCAAGUCCAUUGCUAAGUUCUUUGACCACAGUGGGACACUGGUCAUGGAUGCUUAUGAGCCAGAAAUAUCCAGGCUCCAUGACAGUCUCGCCACAGAAAGGAAAAUAAAAUAGCUAAGUUCUAAAAGCAGCCGGCUUUCUACUGGGUCAUGCUAAUUUAGGAGUGGCAGGGGGAAGAAACAGUGAACUCAAAAUGGGUAAAGUCAAAUAAGAAUUGUUUUUAAAUCCCCUGUGUUUCUUGGAAGUUUAGGCCAAACUGGAUAAAUAGAAUUUUCUAGCACAGAUAUGGGAAGUUGUAGGCCUGAUGUCUAGCUAUAGCCUCUUCAAUCUGCUCUUCUGGAAAAACUUUUCGGCCAAAAGCCGCAGCCUUCCUCCUUCCUACCUGGCAGUACUUCGUAUCAAGGAGCUUUGUGCCAUGCAACAUUUGAAGAAUUGCUUUUGGUUUUGCAUUAAAAUGAACCUUAUUAACAACUGCAAGAUUGUGUGUAGAAAAUCUUAACAAACUUACACAUGUUGUGAGCCAUCUCUUAAUUUUAGAGAGCCUCUUUCGGACCCAUUUAUAAACAAAUAAUACAGAUUAAACUUGUUUUACCGAAGAGGUGCCUACAGCUCAUGAAGAAUGGGUUUGUCUGGUACCGAUGGUUGGAAGCGAGCACUUGUGCAUGAGGCCAUGUGCACUGCCCUCCCCUGCAGAGAGCCAGGGAUAGUUCUAGGAGUUGACGCUCUGGAGCUGUGACAGAUACGACUGCGAGUCCUGGCUCUGCCGCCACCUAUCUGACAUACCAUUUAUCGCUAGACUUUGACUCUGACUUUGUAUGUCUGUGUGCGUGCAUGCACAUGCAUGCCUGUGUACACACAGUCCAUUAACUCCGUCUUAAGGGUGAUCAUUUGGAAAUGAAAUGAAUAGCAGCGGUGACAACUGUAGAUCUGUUGACAGUGUCAACUCCCCUUGUCUUUUCCUGACGUCCCUCCUGAUUUCCUACACAAAGACCCAAAUGAUCCCAGCAAAUAACACACACAUUUGAGGUCUCAGUUACGAAGAGUCAUCGGGGAUUUGAGGAGGCUUGUUUCUCAAACUCUACGCAAGGACCAGCUUUUAUUGUGUGGACCUACACGUGUUCAUGUUCCAGAGGGCACUUGUCUAAUAAAACAUAAAAGUUGCCAGUUCAAACUUUCUGAGUGACGCCAUGGAAGACAGGCCUAGUGGUCUUCCCCCAUAAAGAUUGCUGUAUGCUGUCAAGUUCAUUCCAACUCAAAGCCAACCUAAAGGAUAGAGUAGGACUGCCCCCUGGGCUGCUCAAGGCUCUCAUCUGUCCAGAAGCGGACUGCCUCAUCUUUGUCCUGCAGGGUGAGUGGUCGGCGGGAGUGGAUGACCUUUUGGGUUAGCAGCCUAGCAUUUUACUCUGCGCCACCAGGGCCCCUCUCCAUGAAGCUCUUAACCAAGGAAGCCCUGGGAAUCACUUCUCUUGCACAGGGCCACUAUGAGUUGGAAUCAAGUCGAAGGCAACAGAUAAGGCUUGGUUUACAGCUAGAUGAGGACAACGGCAUGUGGGUUUGCAAUCCCAUUAGUGCUUCUCUCACUUGCUGCGUUUUCCUUCAGUGGCUUUAUGCCCUCUGCUGACCUUCAGCUCCUCUUCUAGCUGUAUGCUAGGCAUCCUGAUCUGGUACAUUGCCCAAUACGUAACUCAAGCUGAAUGCACUUGCUUAGGAAACCUGCGUCAAUCAAAGUAUUAGCCUACUCAGUUCCUGUCUGACCCAUUGUCAUGGUAUUAUAUCAGAUCCUGAUUCACAUCAUCUUGCUUUUGAUUGCCUUUUGCCUUCCCCUUAGGACUGACGACUUGGCUGCCUGGCAAAUCCUCUUUCCUUUAAUCUCAAAAAUCUUUGUCCCAUAGACAAGAGAUGGCCACUGUUGUUUCCAUGCGUGUUUUUACCAGCCUGUAUUAUAUCGCUUAUUGCUUUCUAAACAGCCAUCCAUUUAUUUGACAAAUAUUUAUUGAGCAUGUACCGUGUGGCAACUUAGAUUCAUGGGAUACACACAAGUUUUAGCCUUCGUGGAGUUUACAUCUUAAUAAAGGGAUACAAACAAUACACAAUAAGUAUAUGUAGUAUGUCAAAUGAUAAGUAAGAAUCUCUUUUUUAAAUUGUUAACCCGUUGACUUCACUGUGUUAAUUCCUAUUACAGCUGUUUCGUUUAUGAAUUCAGGAUACAACUUCUUAUGUAUGACAGCUUUCCUUCAAACACCAUUUUUUUUCUGGGUGUGUAUAUAUUUGACUUGGGGAAACUUUAAAAAGAAAAAGACAAAACUCAGCUUUUGAAUUUGUUUAAAGCAAACCUUAUGCCUGUUACAUUAUGUAUUCUCAACCAAUUAAAUAAGCCAAUGGCAUUUUCUGUUUUA